AUGGUGAAGGCAUUGCACUCGCAGCCGCUGCAGGUCGACCCCGAAUCAGGUGUUUGCCACACGGGCGACCCCUCUGCCGAGAUGAGCAGUGCGAUUCCAGAGAGCGGAGCUUCCAGCAGCGCCGCAGGCAGCGCUGCACCUGGCAUCCAGGAAUUCAUUGUGGAGCGCGUGGGCAUGGGCCUGGUGCUCCCAGCCAAGUUACUGUACCAGUUGGGAGCCAACAUCUGCUUCAAGCCCUACAGCAGGCGCAGAUCGUUCGGCCUUGAACGUGAACCUUGUCACUGCAACAGCUUUCCAGCAAGCGGGGGAAACAGCCAGGCUACUCAGAGUGAGAUUGGUUUCGUCAUCGAGGCUGGCUCGGUGAAUACGAUGCUGUCUCCUCUGGGCGCCGCCAUGUCGCAGGGCGAUGUGGAUUUGCUGGUUGCGCCGUUGUGGAACAAGUCGGACGUGAAGCACUAUGAUGCCCUGUCAUCAAGUUGGACUCACGAUGAGGAGUUGUCGAAGUUCAAGGGCGCCGUUGUGGUGGCGAGUGCUCAGGGCACCUACACCGUGCCAAAGGCUGCGGGUGAAGGCAACCAGGAGUGGGUUGCUGUGGUGGAUGAAGGCGUGGACUUGCGCAAAGCCGCAGCCCAGGCCAAGAAGCAAGGCGCCACUGGCCUCAUUAUUCGCUGCGAGCAGGCUCUAUCUUUGGAGAAGCUGGCUCACAGUGCUAAUGAUGAGGAGCCGCCAGAGCUCCCUGCAGUCUUUGUUACAAAGAAAGUGGGUGAGGCAUUGAACGAGCGAGGCAUUGUGUUGAAAGGCUGUGAGUUCAAGAAAAAGUACAUGACGGAGGUCAUGCGAAGCCUUGGGCGACUGGGUGGAGCUGGCCUUCAACACACGGACAAAUUCAAGAACGCUUUCCAGUCUAUCGGCACAGCCAUUCUCGAGAAUGAGAAGGAAAAGGCAAAGGCCCCCAAGCCUGUGCAGAAAGUCGCAAUCAAGCAAGACACGUCACAGGGCAAAUUCAAGUGGAAGGUGAACACAAACACGCAGUACAUCUGGUCGGGCUCUGGCGGAGGUGCCACCACCAUGCAGGUGAAUUACGGCCAGAAGGCCCCUCCCUCCGCCAUGAAGAAGAAAGUGGUUGAAGGAGAGGAUGGCAAUGAGACUGCAUAUGUGGAUGCAUCUGCAGACAUAGUGCCCGAGGCAGAUAUCCACUUUCGCCGCUCCAUCGUUGGCACCGCGAUGGUUCCUGCCGAGGAUUUCAAGGCCCACACCUUGGCCCAGGAGCUGUCGGAGGUGCUUCUCGAGGACGAGGGCAGUGCCCAAGCGCAGGCACAGGAACAGCUCUCAGAUGAGAGUGACUUCAUGAUCGAAUACAAUUUCACCGAGGUUGAAGUUGCUGUCUCCAAAGAUAACGAGCAGGAGCUUGACUCGGAUGAGGAGGUCAUGGACGAGGGCACGGUGGUAAGCAAAGUCGGCGUUCCGCGCCGGUAUUUCUGGAUCGUGGCCCUGUUCCUCGUGGUCUCCACAACGGCCCUGGCCUGGCUGCUGCAUACAAACCUCAACUCAGAGAUCAAGCUGCCUGAAGAGUUCAGAAAGCAUGCUGACAUGGAGGAGGAUGUCGCCCUCACGGCACCAGUCGCAGAAGAAGCAGUCCCACGGCUCCAGUUCCUGUCGCAAAGACACACCUGGUGA